CGACCGUCAAUGUAGUUGACAAUUGAAUUCGACACAAAUUUUUGCCCACACAUAACAAAUCUUGUUUUCCCGGUAGAAAUAUAUUUUGGAAUUAAAUAAUGCGGGAGAGUGAAUCAAAGAGUUCCCGCCGAGAUCGAGACCGUGGACGUGAUAGAGAUAAGGAACGUGAUCGAGAACGUGAACGCGAUCGUGACCGCGAGAGAGAUAGGGAAAGGGACCGAGAUCGUCAUUAUUCACGAAAAUAUCCUUCAAAAUCCAGAUCACCAUCCCGUAGCAGUCGUUCGAAGAAGAGCAAAAAAUCUAAGAAGUCAAAAAAAUACUCCAGGCGCAGUCCGAGCAGUAGCAGCUCAUCAUCCUCUUCUAGUUACUCUGUAGCCAGUCGCAGCAGUCGUAACUCACACUCUCGUUCCCAGGCUCGAAGUACGCGUGCACCUAGCUCAGAAGAGAAUUCACGCACAGCAGCGUCCGCUUCAUUAGCUGUUGCGACCCUCAAAGGUAUAGAUGCAAUUGACGCACAGGUGCGAAAGGCCUUGGACGCCAUUGAGGAGGAGGCGUUCCAACCAAAAACAUUUUUUAGCACACGUGACAGAGAAGCACCAGAAAAGAAACCACUCCCUGAGAAGGUGAUUAUUGAUUUGGAGUCAGAAACAGUGAAGCUACCAAAAACUACAGAUGCAUCAAAAGAUACUAAAGUCGAAGAGCAAAUGUUCCACCCAAAUUUCAUUGGCGAUGCAGAAUUAAAGGCUGAAAAAUGGUUGCGCAAACUAUAUAAUUACCGACAAAGAUAUUAUCAAGAGUAAUCGUAACUUAUGUUAGUAUAGGUACCAUUGCUAAUUUGCAUUUUAUUAUUAAAACAAAUAUACGCUUUAGAAUAUAUCUGAACCGGUUUUACGUGCGCGUAUCAAAGCCUCUUCAGCAGUCAACUGCUCAUUUUGUGAAGGGUUCGCAGGACUACCAUCAUCAUUCAGUUUUCCUUCUUUGAAAUCCUCAAUUAUCUUCUGAGAAUAAACCGCAUUGAACAAAUCCAA